GAAACAGAUGGAACAUGCACAGUGAUAACAUUUCAAGAAGCAUUCGAACAAGCAUCAAGUGAUCUACAAGCUUAGGAAGCUAGCUUUGGGAAUUUUACUGUAGCCUUUCCUUUUCCUUUUUAAAUAACAAUUAAAUAUUAUAAUAUGGAAGAUGAUGAAAUCAGAAAACCGUGAAUAAUUUUCUUUCAUUUGUCUCAAUCCUUCAAAAUUCAGAGCCCAUUCAUGGAGUCUCAGGAUGAACUCCAGGAACCCAUUUUACAGUCACUGCCUGAUUCACCUGCCCAUUCUGAAGGGAACUCCAGGCUCGAAAAGGUGCUGAACGAUCACCAAUUGCCGUACAUCAAGCGCCUCCGUUUGGCUUCAUGGAUUGAACUUAAGCUCCUCUUCCGCCUGGCUGCACCGACAGUUUUUGUUUACAUGAUCAACAAUUUGAUGUCCUUAUCCACCAGAGUCUUCGCCGGCCAUCUCGGUAAUCUUGAGCUUGCUGCCGCCUCUCUUGGCAAUAGCGGCGUCCAACUCUUUGCCUAUGGCCUCAUGUUGGGGAUGGGAAGUGCAGUGGAAACUCUAUGUGGUCAAGCUUAUCGAGCUCACAGAUAUGAAAUGCUUGGCACAUACCUCCAAAGAGCAACGGUUGUGCUAACUAUAACUGGGAUACCAAUUACUAUGAUUUACCUUUUCUCAGAGCCUAUCUUGCUCUUACUGGGAGAGCCAAGCAAGGUGGCAGCAGCAGCCGCAGUGUUUGUUUAUGGUCUAAUACCUCAAGUUUUUGCUUAUGCUGUGAAUUUUCCGACACAAAAAUUCCUUCAAGCUCAGGGCAUAGUGAACCCAAGUGCUGUUAUAUCAGCAACUACUCUUGUGCUGCACUUAUUUCUCACCUGGCUUGCAGUGUAUCAGAUGGGUUUGGGAUUAAUAGGCACUUCAUUGGUGUUAAGCUUGUCAUGGUGGAUCAUAGUUGGUGCCCAGUUUAUUUAUAUAGUGAAAAGUAGUCGGUGUAAGCAGACAUGGAAUGGUUUUACCUUGCAGGCCUUUUCUGGACUUUGGGAGUUUGUGAAACUAUCACUAGCAUCGGCAAUAAUGCUGUGCUUGGAGACUUGGUACUUUCAGAUAUUAGUGUUGAUUGCUGGUCUGCUCAAGAACCCUGAGAUUGCCUUGGAUUCCCUUGCUGUAUGUACGGCUGUAAGUGCGUUGCUAUUCAUGGUCUCAGUCGGAUUCAAUGCAGCUGCAAGUGUCAGAGUUAGCAAUGAAUUAGGAGCAGGGAAUCCCAAGUCAGCAGCAUUCUCAGUUGUGAUGGUGACUCUGGUUUCCUUCAUAAAAGCAGUUAUAGAAGCUGUGAUUGUGCUUGCUCUACGCGAUGUAAUUAGCUAUGCUUUCACUAGUGGAGAAACUGUAGCCAAUGCUGUCUCAGAACUUUGUCCUUUUUUGGCAGUCACCCUUGUACUUAAUGGGGUUCAACCAGUCCUCUCCGGGGUUGCUGUUGGGUGUGGAUGGCAAGCAUUUGUGGCAUAUGUAAAUGUGGGAUGCUAUUAUGUGGUUGGAAUUCCUGUGGGUUGUCUUCUUGGGUUUAAGUUCGAUCUUGGUGCAAAGGGAAUAUGGGGUGGGAUGAUAGGAGGAACUGUGAUGCAGACUUUCAUUUUAUUAUGGGUGACUUUGUGCACAGAUUGGAACAAAGAGGUAGAGAAGGCUAAAAUGCGUUUGGACAAAUGGGAUGACAAAACAAAGCAGCAUCGACCAUCACAGGAUUUCUCACAUUCAUAAAUAAAUGUUCUGAACAAACAUUAAUUAACCAAAUUAUUUUUUCAAUUAUCACCAUCUGUCGAAUGUGGCUGAUUAUUGCUAACCGUUUGAUUGCUGGACUUCGUGAGAGCGAAAGCUAAAGCAUCUCUUUUAAUAAUUAAAUUGAAAUAAUUAUGCUUAUUGAGCCCCUACCUUCCAUCAAUGAGGUUUUCUUCAACAAGAGAGGCGGAUGUCUAAUGAUCUUAAUCCCAAGGUGUUUGUAAAUAAAUCUGUUCCAAAUUCAAGCGCUUACAAGAUGGCGUUGCUGCUUUUUGUGGGUCGAUUUUAUUCCUUGUUGCGCUGAUUUUGUUUGCCAAUUUGUGGCUUUCCUUGUUUUUUUCGUUGGUUUUAUAUUCUUUGUUCUUGAUUUGUAGUUGAUUUUCUAUAGUUUGCUUCUCUAAGUAUAUUCUCUUCUUUAAUAAAAUAUUUUGCUUAUAAAGGAGAAA